AUGUUAAGCGUUACUGCUCUUUCGGAGAUGUUUGGUGGGGACUCCCCCACAUUAAGGGAAGCUCUCUCCGGUAUUGCCGGUUCAACGUCUUUAGCAUGCUGGAUUGUGUUACUGUUACCGCAACUAGUGGAACAGUGGAAGUAUAAGAGUGCAGAGGGAAUCUCUAUAGAGUUCAUCGCCUUGUGGUUUUUGGGGGACGUUGCCAACCUAAUUGGUGCUCUCUGGGCCAACUUGUUACCUCAGGUGAUCCUACUAGCAAUUUGGUAUUGCUUAGCUGAUUUCCUCAUUGGUUUCUCUUAUUACUACUACACCUACAUCUAUCCAAAACACCAUCGUCAUCAUCAUCUUCAUCUUAAUAGCACGCACUCUCAUCGUUCAGGCUCGAUUACCAUUGAUGAGACCAGUGCACUCGUCAACCGUCGUCAUUCUUCAAGGUCAAGAAGACGCUCAUCCAUCGAGGUUCAGGUUCUAAGUGACAACAGAAAACACAUAUUCACCAACAUAGUUCUUCCAGUUUUGUUUGUGCUCUUGGCUGGUGCAUCUGGCUAUUUCUUCUCCGGUGAGACAACACAUCAUACACCGGGUGACGGAGAUGAUCUUCCUCAUGAGAAGAUUCGACUAGGACCACAAAUUUUGGGUUACAUAUCUGCUACUCUCUACCUCACGGCAAGAUUGCCUCAAAUCUACCAAAAUUACGUCAAGAAAUCAUGCAAGGGUUUGAGUUUGUUAUUUUUCAUCUUUUCCACUGUGGGAAACCUGACCUACUCGUUGCAAAUCGUCCUAUACAGAAGCGACUGGGAAUACGUCAUCCUGAACCUAAGUUGGCUGUUAGGUUCCUUCGGAACUAUAUUUGAGGAUUCCUUUAUUUUUUUCCAGUUUUGGCUUUAUAGAAACAAUGACAAUCCUGAUGUCUACAUUUCAGACGGAGACGAGCCAGCGGUAUAG